AUGAACGUCGUUCUCAUCUUGUUGGUGGCUGUGGUCGCGGUCCACUCGGCGAACGUCCGAAUGUGCGGCCAGAAAAUCGUCCAUGCGGUUAGGAACGUCUGCGCCGGCGAGCAGUUCUGCGGCGAGGAGGACGUCGAGGACAAUCAGGAGGCCAUCAGUUAGUUUUAUCAAGUCUUCCAGAAGUUUGAGGGACCUUAUAGGGAUUAGGAAGAGCUGGGGGGAGCUCUCAGAAGUUCUCGACUUGAUAAGGGUCAGGAAGAGCUGGGUGGGAGCCCUCAGAAGCUCUCAGAAGCUCUCAGAAGCUCUGUGAAGCUCGAGAAACUGGAAGCGUUUUCAGAAGCUCUUGACCUGGUUUUGAAAGAGCUGGAAGAGCUCUCAGAAGUCUCAAGCUUCAAAAUUCAAACUUGAGUGACUCUAUGAAGCUUGAGAAGAAGCUGAAGACGUUUUCAGAAGUUCUCGACAUGAUAAGGGUUAGGAGAGAUCUCAGAAGCUUUAAGCUUCAAAAUUUAAGUUUAAGAGGCUCAGUGAAGCUCAAGGAGAAGCUGUGAGCGUUCUCGGAAAUUCUUGACCUGAUACGGGUCAAAAGAGCUGGAGGAGCUAUCAAAAGCCUGAGGCUCCAAAAUUCAAGUUUAAAAGGCUCAAUGAAGCUCAAGAACUAGCUAGAAGCGUUUUCAGGAGUCCUCGACCUGAUAAGGGUUAAAAAGAUUCAAGGAGAUUCUGGAAGCGUUUCAGAAGUUUCUGACCUGAUAAGGGUUGGAAAGAGCUGGAGGAGCUCUCGGGAGCCUUGGGCUUCAAAAUUCAAAACAGUUUUUAUGUGAAGCUCAAGGAGAAGCUGGAUCUUCUUGAAUCUUCAAAAAAAAUUUCGGAGCUUGACAUAUGCUUCCAGGACAAGAAGCUAGGCCUAAAAAGCUUCAAAAAAUAAUCGGAACUGUAACUUAGGUCCAUUGAGAAGACUUUAUUGACCUUUUAAGAACCCUUAGGGCUUUCCAGAACCUUCUGGAUCCGAUUAUUGGGAGUUUUUUUCAAAGUUUGACUUUUUAGAAACAACUUUAGAAGCUCUAUUUUCAUGACGCUUUUUGAAAAGUCGUUUAAAGGAACUUUAGGUACCUUAACUGCCUUAAAGAUCAAUAAAAGACGCUAUUUUUUUUCUUGAAGCCUUGAGUAACAUUACUGGAUUCUCUAGGAAAGGUUAACUUCAUUUUGAGCUCAAAAAAGUUAUAAAAGUGAUUUUAUAGUGCUCCACAUCCUUACAGACUUUCCUGGUCCUUAAAAAAAUGUAGAUUUUUCAGAAUUUUGAGCUUUCCUGGACUUUAAAGGGAUCGGAACUUCAAAAACCCCAAAAAUCAGAACUAACAACUUUUUUUUCCAGGCCUGAUCACCCGAUGCUGCAUCCACCGGUGCAGCUACCGCGAGAUCAAGGCGGCCUGCUGCAAGCUGCGGCCGCUCUACGAGGAAGAAGACGUCGCCCGCCCCUUCAACAGCAACUCUAGGGACUUUUAUGAGCUCGCCAUGGCUCAGCGCCGGUGA